AUGGAUGAAAAACGUCUUUAUUUCAUGCAGAGUUUGUCAGAUAUAUGUUUGGACGAUAAUUUGGGAAAAAAAAACAAAAUAUCAUCUUUCUCUCAACCUAAAUCUGAUCCUCUGUCUUUUAAAGGGGAUUCUGGUACUUUUUUUCAUGAUAAGCCGCAUUUUAAGGAAACUUUGGAUGCAGUUACAACAGAGAAUGAUGAUGGAUGUAAAAUGCUUAAUCAGUAUCUUAUUAAGCAGAAGAUUGGGAAAGGUUCUUAUGGUACUGUUAAUUGGUGUAUUGAUACGUUAACGGGUAAAGAAUAUGCUAUUAAAGAUUUUUCUAAGAUUCAGUUGCGGAAAGUUCAUAAAUGUUCACGUUUUCAGCAACCUAAACUUUCAUCGGGUUCUUUUCUUUCUGAUGACUUUCCAUUUUAUCGGAAUUUAUGUAAUCAUGCAGAAAGCGAUAACCCGCUUUAUUUUAUUCAAAAAGAGAUUAAUAUUAUGAAAAAGAUAAAUCAUAAAAAUAUAGUUAGUAUGAUUGAAGUGCUAGAUGAUCCUCAUGGAGAUUCUUUAUAUAUGGUUUUAGAGUUGUGUGAAAAAGGUGUUGUUAUGGAUAUGGAUGUGAAUAAUGCAAUUAGUCCGUAUAGUGAAAAUGAGUGUCGAAAAUGGUUUCGUGAUUUAAUAUUAGGUAUUGAGUAUCUUCAUGCUCAUGGAAUAUGUCAUUGUGAUAUUAAACCUGAAAAUUUGUUACUCUCUAAAGAUGGAACAUUGAAAAUUGCUGAUUUCGGUAUUUCAAAGACGUUUACUGGAGAUAACGAUUCAUUCUGUAGGAUAAAGGGAACACCUGCAUUUAUGGCUCCAGAAUUGUGCGUCUUUGAUCAUGUUGUUUCAUGCAAGGCUGCUGAUAUUUGGUCCAUGGGUAUUACUUUGUGGUGUUUAGCAUUUGGGUAUUUGCCUUUUAAUGAAUCUGACAUUAUGAAACUGUAUGAUAUUAUUAAAACUCAGAAAAUAGUAGUGCCUGAUCAUGUCUCUCCUGAGCUAAAGGAUUUAUUUGAAAAAAUUCUUGAGAAAGAUCCUGAAAAAAGGAUCAAAAUGUGUGAUUUACGGCAACAUGAUUGGGUAACUCUUAAUGGCAAGGAUCCAAUGAUUUCAUAUGAGGAGAAUACGAUGGGUGUAGUUCAUGAAAUUUCCAACAAAGAUUUUAAAAUGACGAUCUCUACAAUUCAAAAAACAAUUAAUAAGAUAAAUUUUGUUCAAAUAUUCAAAAAUAUCUCUUAUUAA